ACAAAAAGUGUGUGGUGCCGAAAUAUAUAAAUGUGUUAAAUGAAAAGCGAGAUAAACAUUUAAAAGAAAGCUUAAAGGAAAGCUGUAUGAAAAGCUUUUAAGGUAGCAGGGUACACGUGAAAACAUGAUGUUGAUGGUCGCGCAACAGGCGUCUUGACAGACAUUGGGCGCAGGAAACUGAACUGCAGACAAUCGUCCAAGGUUGAAUACAGUGCAUCCCAAACUGCUUGAUAGACAUGCAGUUUUCAUCUGCCGCCGAAUCUUAAAUCCCCACCAACGUCAAGUUCAAAAUCACUGCGCUCGGGCGUUCUCUUCGGCUGACACUCGUAUUUCAACACACGAGCACAGAAACUCACCACGCUCAAAGCGACGACCGCGCGCAGGCGUAGUAAGCUACGUGCGCAGACAGCGGUAAAACGCGGAACACUUCGCUGAAGCUGCUGCAGUUGGACGCAAGCAACGCGCUUUGUCCGUCUCCUCAACAAUCUCGUCCCGUCGAAGUUCGCCAAUCCGCGUGUGUGCAUGUCUGUCACCAUAUCUCUGCAUCCAUCUGAGUAACUGUAGCCGUAGCCGUAGCUGUAGCUGUGUUGUCUUUUAGCGGUUCGAAACCCAUGCCUAGAAUAAUGCUGUUCAAAGUUUGACAACAAUUUUGUUCACGUUUCAUCAAGUUUUGCAGUUUUGCAGUGCAAUCGCAACAGUAAGGGCUUAAGUUCACGCUUAACGCUAGGCAUUUGUUUUCAGCCGACAAAUAGAAAACCCAAAUCAACCGAAAUCAAAAUCAAAACAAACCAAAACAAAAUAAAACGAUAUAAACAAAAUGGCCUGCUUAAGUACUUCCGGUCGCGUCGCGUGCGGUUCGCGUAGCCACAAGCUGAUCUGUCGCCUAUUCCUGAACCACAGCCCGCACAGUCGGCAGAGCAGCAGCCAGCUGCUGACGGGCGACACCACGGCAGGACACCCAAGGGAAUACAGAGCAACGCCCAAUCAGCAGCUGGCUCGCAGCUUUCAUGGAUUAUCUCUCGGCAUUAACCAGGAUUACCUCAGUCUGCUGCAAACCUCACACAGCUGCAGCCAGCCGCCAAAUCUUCGCUCACACAGCUCCGUGCACACACAACAGCCGGCUGGACCCGUGAGAGAAAUACAAAUCGAUCCAUAUAUAAUACUCGAUGAUGAGCUCAAGUAUUUCUACGAUGAUGUACGAGAUUUACUGCAGUCGGGCACGUCACAGCCGGAGCUGGAUACCAUCGCAUGCUACUAUUUCGACGGGCAGGGGAAGGCGCUGCGUCCCAUGGUGACCAUGUUGAUGGCCAAGGCACUGAAUUAUCAUCUGAACAACGAGUCACACCAAUUAGUACACAAGCAACGACAGAUAGCCCUCUUCUCCGAGAUGGUGCACUCGGCCAGCUUAGUCCAUGACGAUGUCAUCGAUCAGUCGGACUUUCGGCGCGGCAAGCCUAGCGUCAAUGCUCUGUGGAAUCACAAAAAGGUCACAAUGGCUGGUGAUUACAUUUUGUCGAUUGCCUCGAUCAUGAUAUCGCGCCUGCGCAGCGAUGAUGUGACGAUCGUCUUGAGUCAGGUGAGUUUCACACACGUUCCUUCAGUUCGUCUAGCAUUGGACUUAAGAAAAAAAAAACGAAUUUGA